UACGUUGAGAUUGGGGAAGGUAACAAGAGACUUCAUCUCAAUUACUUUAAUACUGCUUUUUUUUCUUGAGAGCAGUUUUCAACUGAGUGUCGCAAAACCAAAUUUAUAGUAUUUGCCAGUCACACAGGACACACACAAUACAGUGAACCAAUCAAAACUCGAAGUGAUAACUGGUACAGAAAGCGCGGGAAAACGAGUACGGGAGAGUCACGAUUGGUCUUGAUUUACUUCUGAUAGGAUAAAAAAGUGGCGCGAGUUUUAUAAGCCAAUCGUGUAGCGUAGUUGAUGCAAAACCAAUCAUAUUUUUCGACACUCAAAAGAAAACCGCUCGAGUCGUGGUUUCUGUUGUAGUUCUAUCAUAGUUCGUACUCCCAGUAAUUUAUAUUGUUUCAGUAAAGUUAUCUGGUCUGACUAUAAGGAUUAAAGAGAAGUUCCUUUCGUUUAGUUUUACGGUGAUGAGAUGGUAGAUUUUUAGGGCGGUAGAUUUGAUGGGGAAAUUAAAAAAUAAUCAUCUUGUAUCAUAUUUACCAGGCUAAACAUCCACCCUCUCAUUUGCGGCCUAUUGACAUUCCACACCUAACCUGUUUAUCACAUGAGCUUCUCUAGUGACAUUAGCUGCUUCUAGUCUCCUGUAGCUCAGUAGUACUGAGAGUGUCUGGACUUGAAACCACAGGGUCGUUGCUUCGACUCCUACCUGGAGAACUUGGAAUUCCUUUUAAAUUAUCUUCUCAAUGUUGUCUAAUAUCUGUAUUGCGUGGGUCAAGUUCUUUAAUUUCCAAAGUUGGCCUUAGGGCAUUUGUCUGAUUCUUUUCGAUUAACCACGGCUUAAAUUUUCAUCGAUAUGUUUCGUCUGAUCAAAUAGAAAAUCCCACGGCAGAUAAAGUCAUUCACAAGUGACAAAGCUAGACCGAAGGAAGGCGGGUGGCUGAAGAAAGCUUUUCGUCUCUUCGAGUCAAGAUGGCACUGACAGUGGACCAGAUGCUGGAACGAAUUGGGAGCCUGGGAUUCUACCAGAUCCGGCUGAUUUUCAUUCUGGGCUACAUAGAAUGGUUCAACAUGACAUUCCAAGUCCUGGUACCUACUUUUAUCGCCGCUGAACCCAACUGGCUUUGCGUGACCAAUCACAGCUCUUGUAACCUGACCGGCGAAUUUAAACCCGGGGAUAAACUUUACAACGAGCGAUGUGAUAUGCCGAGGGAUGCCUGGGAGUUUGCAGAUGGCUACACCUCAGUUGUUACUCAGUUUGACCUGGUUUGUGACAAAGCUUUGCUCGGCACCAUUUCAACCUCACUCCUGUUCGCCGGCUGGCUUCUAGGUGCUUUAGGAGGAGGAGUUUUAUCAGACAAGAUUGGGAGGAAGCCAGUCAUGUUCGUGUUCUCCGUCUUGUGUAGUCUCUUUGCCCUGUUAGCUGCCUUCCCUAAUGUCUUCUGGCUUUUCAUGUUAUUUAGACUUCUUGUUGGCAUAUGUAUCGGUGGUGGUGCUAUGGGUAUCUACGUGCUGGCCCUUGAGUUUGUGGGAGUGAAGCAUCGCCACGUGGCUGGUACAUCAAUUUGGUAUGCGUGGGCCUUGGCGCUGGUUAUGUUAGCAGGACUGGCAUACGCGGUGCGUGACUGGAGAUGGCUGUCAAUUGUUUGUGCUGCACCGGGACUUAUUUCCUUCGCGGGCUGGUGGUUUACUCCUGAAUCGUCAAGGUAUUUGUUGUUGAAGGGAAAAGUCACAGAAACAGAGGAAAUUCUACGAGGAAUCGCUGCCACCAACAAGAAGGACUACCCAGAAGAACCUCUCUUGGACCUGCAUGCUGAAGGGAAGGUACAGGCCUUGGGCGACGUAAGGGAUCUGUUCCGAACCAAGAAAAUGUUACACAGAACUCUGGUAUCGUGGUAUGCCUGGUUUGUUAACGCCAUGGUUUAUUAUGGUGUAUCAUUCAGCACUCCGACGCUUGGUGGCAAUAUGUACCUGAAUUUCUUCUUGUCUUCUAUUAUUGAGAUUCCCGCCAACUAUGUUAGCAUCUGGGCCAUGGGCAAGUUUGGACGGAAAAAGGCUCUGAUUUACUUCAUGAUUCUUGCUGCCAUUGCCUCGAUCGGCGCAGUGUUGUUUACGAUGUAUGAUCCUGGUAACGACAAAUGUUAUGCGGCUGGUCGGAUCAUUAUGGCGCUUGCUGCGAAGUUUUUUGUCUUCAUCUCUUUCUCGGCAGUGUAUGUUUAUUCCGCCGAACUGUUCCCAACGACGAUCAGAAACAUUGGAAUGGGUUCCUCUACAUCUGCUGGCCGGAUUGGUUCUUUCACUUCUCCCUAUAUUGUUCAUCUGACUCGUGUGCACCCUCUCCUACCGUAUGGCAUUAUGGGUACUAAUGCUUUGCUGGCAAGCGUACUGUGCAUGACUCUACCGGAGACGAGUGGAACGCCGACCGCUGAAACUAUGGACUCAGAAGAGGGCGCAGAGCUUGGCAUACAAAACAUCGCCAUGGAUUGUACAGAGCUAGACAAGGAAAAAGAAAAAGAUGACGAGAAAAAGGAAGAUUUGAAUGGUAGUGUCAUGAACAGCCGAAAAAAUAUUACGGAUGAUCCCUCUUUCAACACUGCAUUUUAAACACAAAAUUGCUUUGAUUUUUUUAUUUGAUCUUCUACCAUAAAAUAUUGGUUUUGUGCCCUGGGUUUAUAUAACUUCAUAAGGGGUUUUGGGUGGACAUGUGUUCUUGGGAAUAAGAAAAACAAGGCACAAAUAAGUAAAAAAAUACUCGAAGCACGGAGGUUUUUGUAUGAAGCUCUAAGCAGGGGAAAUGGGGCUUAUACUAGGGGCGUAUUCUAUAUCACCCGGUCUUCAAUUGAAAUUUUAGGCUUCUAUAUCGUAAUUUUCUCGGGUGGUAUAGCGUUUUGCUGAUUAUUUGGAAAUCGCGGUUAUUUUUUGCAUUUGGAGAACGUUAAUGUCGCGCAUUGUUACUGCACAUUGUUAGAUUGUUACUCUUGUUGUAAAAGUAUCAGCUAAUCAGUUAGGGUAGUUUGUUUGCUUAACCUCGAGCGUAGAUGGAACUGAUAACUUACGCUCGAGGAUGGAAUUGAUAUGAAAUGAUAAUAAAGGCAAGGCUGCUAUCGAAGACCUUUUUUCAGUUUUUGUUUUGCACCUCCAAAACAGAAGACAAAUGAACUUGGUGUGUUCGCAGACUAGAAAGGAGUGGAGAGUAUGGGAGCUGAUUUUCUCGAUCCUCUCACUUGUUACGCGCGGGCGAUGCGAGUUGCCAUCAGCUUGAUUAGCAGCCCGCAUUCCGCGGAGCAGCGGAAAUCGUGACUGCUGAUGAUGGAUAAACGUAAAUGC